AUGCUAUACCAAGUGUUUUUGGGACAACCGAUGUAUGAGUGAGUUUCAAUUUUUUUUGAAAUACAACUUCGCGAAAAUCGGAUACAAAGAAAUCCGACAGCUAGAGAGUUAGAGACGUAGAGAGGCCAGACAAUCAGAGAUCACUAUUUUUAUUUUCCAGUGAAUACUUGUACAACUGCUCUGGAACUUCACCCUACACCACUCGAAAAUUUGCAGUUGGUGCAAUUUAUUUCGGAAUUGGUGUGAUAUCGCAAUUCGUGUAUAUUCUAGUUCUUGCAACUUUGUACAGAAUCAAAUCACUUUUCAAUUUACCGUGCUAUAAAAUCAUGUUUUUUCUCGGAAUCGCCGAUAUUUUAUGCUUGACUUUUUGUGCCGAUUUUGCUGGGAUUUACUCGAUUUUUUGGUUUACAUCCGUGUUAUGCCAUAAAUUUUACGUUUGUGACAGGUUGUGUUGUUUUUGGUGAGUAGUUAGUUGAUUGGGUUUUUGUGGAUCUAGGAUUACUGUAGAAUUUUCACAUUGAAAGUUCUUGAAUUUUCUAAAAAUUUUAUCAAGAAGUACUGUAGAAUUGGGACCACCGACAAAGCCUCUGGUCUAAACUUGAAAAAAAAAUUUCCAAAAAUUCUGAAUCUGAAAUUCCAAAUCUCCAAUUUCAGGUCUCUGGCAUAUGAGCUGCUUAUAUGUUCUUCUCCUUGCAUUCGACCGUGUUUGCGAAUUAAUUGCUCCAAUAAAAUGUGCAUUUCUCUUCAAAGGAUCCUACCUUAAAAUGCUCCUCUCACUUCCCUAUUUCUACUUCAUUUAUUUCACAUUUUUCACCAAACCAACCUUCUUCCAACCUUCAAUCUCCGCAUUUCUUCUAAAUCCAAACAGCGAAAUCACAAAAAACUAUCCAGCUAGUUAUUAUACAGUCGAAGCCUAUGUUUUCAACAAUUUUUUCGUGAUGAUUUUCAUUGGUUUUUCAUAUUGUAUUAUUUGUGGCAAAUUAUUUAGUCAAAGUUGGAAGAGUACUGUAAAACAGACUUCUGCUUUGGUUAAACGAGUAACUUAUCAAUGUUUAACUGUUUGCACUUGUCAUUUUAUCGGAUGUUUUUUAUAUGUUUAUAUUCAAUAUUUUCCAAUGCCUGAUUUUUUAAAUUAUGUUUGUCAUUUUGCCUGGAUUGGCAAUCAUAGCCUUCCACCUUUUGUCUAUUUAUUAUUCAAUCCAUCUCUCCGAUCUGAAGUGUUAUCAUUGUUUUUUCCGAAAAAAUUCCGUGAAAUCUCAGAUCUCGGGACUGUUAAUAGUCUUGUAGUUCGACCUAUAACUGUUAGCGCUUAUUGA